UUUUUAACCUAGUUGUAUUAAUAUGGAUUCGUUCAGAUAUUUAAAAUAUUUAUGUAUUAUGGGCGUAAUAAACUUAUUCCAUCAAAACCAUUUGGUUUGAUAAGUGGUGUUAUGGUGAGAAAAUGGAUUGCUAAACAAUUUCAUGAGCAUGAAUAUUAUAGCGAAAAAAGUGCAACCCUUUAUAUCCAUUGGCCAUUUUGUGCAAAGCUGUGUCCAUAUUGUGACUUCAACAAGUAUGUCAGAGAUGAAAUCGAUCAUGACUUGAUGGAGGAAUGUCUUAUUCGCGAGUUUCAAUCACUAGUUAGAAUGUAUGAUGUGAAGAAAAUCAACUCUGUAUAUUUUGGUGGAGGAACUCCAAGCCUUGCACGUCCAUCUACAAUAUAUUCGAUUUUAAACGCAGUAUCAAGAGAGUGUGUUAUUAAAAAUACAGCAGAAAUUACUUUAGAGGUGAAUCCAACAGCAACCGAACAGAAAUUACUGAGGGAUUUCAAGCAUGCAGGGAUUAAUCGAGUAUCCAUUGGUGUACAGGCUUUGAAUAAUAAAGAUUUAAAGUUGCUUGGUAGAGAACAUUCCGUUGGAGAAGCAAUGAGUUGCUUACGUCAUGCUUCUCAUCUGUUUGGAAGUCACGUGUCAAUUGAUUUGAUGUUCGGAAGACCUGGUCAGACUCCAACUGAGUGGCAAAAGGAACUGCAACAAGUUACAGACAUGAAAUUAAACCACGUUUCCUUGUAUGAGUUGACCAUGAAGAAGUUGACACCUAUGGGUAAAUCGUUUCAAGCUGGAAAAAUCUGUCUUCCUUCAGAUGAAGAUAUGGUUCGUAUGUACCAAGACACAAAAGAGAAUCUUGAAGCAGUGGGUUUGCAUCGUUAUGAAAUUUCAAACUUCGCUAAAAAAGGCUACGAAAGUCAACACAAUUUGUCGUACUGGUGUGGCAAGGACUAUAUUGGGAUAGGACCAGGCGCACACAGCAGAUUGUCGACAUUCGCCGACAACAAAUAUAAACAUCAUGCUUUAGUUCAGUUGCCAGUUCCAGAGCAUUGGAUUAACCAGAUUGAGAAAAAAGGACAUGGUAUAAGAAGAUGUCAUGUAUUAACACAACAAGAAAGAAUUGACGAAGUAAUGAUGCUUAGUCUACGAAUGUGUACUGGAAUCCAGUCUAGUGCGUUUCAAGAGCUUGUUGGUUGGUCAUACCAUCUUCUAAAAGAAGGCGAAUUUAUCCAGCAAUCCAUACGAAAUGAUUUGUUAGCAAUUGACACUAGGAAAGAAAAACAACCCUCACCUCCAAGGGUUUGCAGCACAAGAGUAACAAACAAAUAUAACUUCCUGGUUAGACAAGUAAAAACGCUUAAAUUCACAUAAUAUUUCUGUUUUACGAAGAUUUUAUCACCUGCUCAAUAGUGAAUUGAAGAUUGGAUGAUGAAGUGAAUGACUCAUACUGUAGGAUGUACAGGCGGCGAGAUGAACACGAUACUGUCAAAAUUAAAUCGGAUGACAGAAACAUCCAUCCAACUAAAUGUGAUUGAUUCUACUUUUAAGGAUGCGAAGGAAUGUGUGCUAUUCGUGGAUAGUUUUAAAAACACCGUUGAUGAGUUGCAUGGCAAUCACCGCAUUCCACUUAACUACGCUUUUGAUUGCAAAUUAGAUAUUUUUAUGUCAAUCAAUUUGAAAAAUUAGUAAUUUUUCAUGCCAAUUUAGUAUAUACGUUUUCUUUAUAAGAAAGUGUAGAAUGAAACCAAGAAUGAAGCCAGUACUAAAUAUUUGGCAGUAAGGGGAACAAGUUGGAAAUUGUGAACUGUUAUAAAAGUGAAAAAAGUUUUUUUUUGAUAUUUCUCUUGAAUAAAUUGGAUUGUACAAUUGCUUGCAUAUCUUUGAAUUUUGUUGGUUGAAAAAAAAUAAGCGCUAAAAAAGUCAAAUGAUUUCAACUCUUUUGAGAGAAGCUUGGAAGCAUGUUUUUGCGCCGAGAGUCAGCGGUUAGCGGUGGUAACCUAACUUAGAUUUUCCUGAGAUUAAAAAAAGUCUAGAAUUCUCAAAUUUUAAGAAUAAAAUUAUCCAGGCUCUUCUAUCCCAUCACGCAGGAUUUUUUAUUAUACAAUAAGCAUGUUCUUUGAUUUUUGUUUUGUUGGUAAUAGGUUUCCGGUUUCACGUGGCUAUUACUGUACGUCUCUGACAUUAACCUUAGAAGAGCUUGAGGCCAAACAAUAUUAUUCCUGGCGUUGUAGAAUUAUUAGAAAAUAUUAAAAAUUAUUAGAAAUAUUAAAUCCGGGAAAAGAAAGUAUAAUUCUCAUAAAACAAAAAGUUGAAGUUUUUCAAGUAAACAAUAAAACUCCUAGAUAAUUAUUUUCAAAAUCCAGAACAGUUCGCCUUUGGGUAAGGAAUCUGGGAACAGAUUGCAAGAAAAACAAAUUUAAGUAUUGUACUUUACUAAUUUUUAAAAUUAUAGAAUAAAAAAUAAAAUAAACAAAGUAAACCUCUGCAAAAUUUGGUAAAAGAGUUAACAAGGCAAUAAUAUUUGGCCUCGACUAUAUAGCUUGUCAGGUUUUACACCAAAAGGUAAUGGGUUAUUUAAAAGUAAAAGUCAUUAAGGACACCAACAAACCAAUUCUUGUCGAAAAAAAACCGAGACGUUAUGUGCCAUCGUGCACAUUUUUUACUUUUGAUUUCUUUUUACAUGCAGAUGGAUAAUUUUCGGCACGAAACAAAGUCUUUGCUCAAGUAAUUCCCGACACGCGAAACGUGAUCGCCACCAGCUUACGAGCGUGGCCAUGCUGCUACAACUCUUUCUCUUUUAAUAUUUAUUCAAAUUUGGAUUAUACGUUUCACUACAGUCCUUAUCACGUUUUCUUUUCUAUAAUAGUAUUUCCCGAUUUUGGACUGCUUUCAGAAGAUGCUAUAAUAAAACUUCCGCCCUAUAGAAAGAGCUCGCGCUUCGUGACGUCAUCUUAACAUUGUUUUGUGCAGACUCCAUAGUUAUCGCUCAUUGUAUUUUUUUCGCUUGUGGCGCUGUGACGAUUUUAUUGAAAGGCUUGCAUGAUUAAUUAUUUACAAUUUUUUUCUUUAAAACUAUGUUUACAUUUACCUUUAUUUAAAGCUCUAUUUAU